AAUUUUUAAGAAGUACACUUUGAGACUUAGGGCUGGGUGGUAUGGACUGAAAUCAUUUCUUGAUAUUUCUUUAGCAGAAUGGCGUUGAUGUCACAAGACCGAAAUUUCAAACUGUAAUAUUUCUAGUUAAAAGUAAAAAUACUGUUUGAUACCAUGCCAACAAAAUAAAAGUCCCAGAUACCCAGUACUAAGUUGUGCAAAAGUAUUGGCAAAAUUUUCACAUGUUGAUGUUGUCAGGAUGUUCAAUACUCUUAAAUGCCUUGAGUUUGUAAUGAAUAGAUCAACAUUGUUUUAAUGACAAGUGGCAUCAAAAAUUACAGAAACUGAUCGAUUUUCAGGGAUAUUUUUAACCAAAAAAGACACAAUGCCUACAUUUGUUGGCAACAUUUGGAAAAGUGGCUAGAACUGGCACGCCAUGCAUACAUUUCCCGUGUAAGGUGUCUAGGACUAAUUUUUGUGGUAUCAAACAGGUAUCAAUGUUAGUUUCUUUUUCCAAUUUAAUUGAUAUUAAUGAAAUUACCCUGUAUCUCAUCUGAAAACAUACUUAUUUAUCCUUUAAGUCAAUGUACUGCCCAGCUCCACUGUGACUUACCCCUUAAUUUUAAUAACUGUGGUCGCUUUGCAACCAUAAUGUAAUAGGAAUUUUAAUUGCUAAGCUAUUUGUAAUUGUUCAUUUUCUGUUGUAAAGACAUGCUGUUCCUUUUCACCAGUUAUGGCAUGGUGUCAAUAAAUGUUCGUGAUCUGUUUAGUUCAUCUUUGUUUAUUGUUAAAGAUCUUUGAUUUUUAAACCUUCAAAAACAAUACUCAGACCAACACAAACUGAACAUAUGGCCUCUUUUUAGUUGAUCUUAAUGGACUCUGCUAUGCUGGGUUCCAAUCUGGGGUCCUGGUACGAGCUUUUGUCUGCCCUGAGUUAAAUUUGAAACAUAGAUGAGCCUACCUAAAUUCAAGUCAGACACUUAAUUUAUAUAAAGGUCUUUUGUUAGGAUAAAAAAUUAUUUUUUCUUUUUGUUGCGUUUUUAAAAAUAAAAUGUAAGACCGUUACACGUUUUGACAUGGAUCAUGGGGCUCAGCUUUUGUUAGAUACAGGUAAAGUGGGCUCUAAGGAAAAAAGGUGAGGAACCACUGCCCUACUGUAUUUCAUCUCCUUAGAUCUGAAUUAGUGAAUCUUGGUUGAAAAUGUAAAUGCGUUGGUCAGUGAAUUUUAAUCUCUUUUAUGUGUUAUUAUUGCAGAAAUUUAAAAAAAAAAAAAAACGACAAGGAAAAGUUAAAAAGUUCCAUAAAGUUAAUGCUAAGAUAGUUUCUUGGACAAGGAAAGGGUCACAUUGUUGUCAGUUAAAAGAAAAUAAUCCACACCUAACCUCCAAUCAGAAUCAAGAAUAUUGUGUGUUUGCAAUAUUAUUUUCUGUUUCAUGACUGCAGAAAAAUGCAGACUUGCAUCAAAUUAAUGUUUUUUCCCCUUUAUGAAAGAAUAAAAAGGACCUGGCCAUACUGUUCAGUUAUCAGACAAUAAUGCACUCUUAACACUCAAUCAGAAUCAAGAAUAUCCUGUGGUCCAAAUAUGAUUUUUUUAAUGUUAAAAAGUGGAAAAAUUAAAUUUUAAUAAAGUUAAUAUUUUGAUUCUAGUUCCUUUAUGAAAGGCAAUAAACGAGGACCUGCGUUCAGUGACAGACAAUAACCCACACUCUACACCCAAUCAGAAUCAAGAAAAUCCUGUGGUCAUAAUAGAAAACUUUAAAGCUUUUGCUGCAGAAAUAGAAAAAAAUAUUUGCUAGAAUUAAACUGUAAAAUGGUAGCUUGAAUUUAAAUCAGUACAUUUCUGUUUAAAGAUCAGAUUAAGUAAACAGUGUGGUUGGUAUCUGUUGCCAGUGUCUUUGCUUUACAAAGCUCAUUUUAAAUACCAAAAUGGCACCUAGGGUUAGUCUACAAAACCCAAACAUUAUUGAUCACCAAAUUGUCAGAUUUACAGCAGUCAAAACCCUGAUCACUCUUCGUCUUCCCGGGGAGACUUCUGUGGCUUAAAGUAUAAAAAGCUGACAGCAGGCCAACAGGGGGGAAGUCAGUCUGUCAAAGUUUAGAAGAGAGCAAAACGGCUGAGAAAGAGAAUGGUCGGGAGAUGGUGGGGGGAGUCGGUGCUAUUUCAGUCUCUAGAGCAGCUGUCUUGUUUUUAUGGUCUUUGACAGCGCUCUGUCUCUUUCUCCCUCUCUGUCUCUUUUCACCUUCAAACCCAACUUAAAGUGGCUGCUCAUAACUUUUUUUUUUUCCACACCGGAUUAAACUUUACCUCACUCUUUUGAUAAUAACCCUUUUGAAUUUAAAUGAUCAGCAUCAGGACGGAAAUCAGACAAAUUGAAAUCAUCAUUGGUGACUAAAAAUACAUUAGAUGUAUAGAGCCCCACUUUACAAAAAAUUAGGUCAUAUUUUGCCCCUGGAAAUGCAAGCCCUACAGUUGAGCAAUGACACGUAUUAGUUCAUGCUGGUGCUGGUUUACUGAUACAUACACUGGAUGGCCUGAUUGAUGGCAGCCUUUGGAGCUCAUAUAUGGAGUUUAGUGGGUGGGCCACUGUCCUCCUGUUGUACAGCAACUAUACUGGGAAAUACCCGAAUUAGUGCUUCCAUGGUGGGAAAGCUGCUCUUUUAGUCCCAUCAUCAUUUGCCGUUUUCCAUCACAGAAUUGAAAUGAUACUAAAAUGAUCUUACUUUUUGACUUAAAGUUUGAAAGCACUCUUAUUAACUGCCUGUGCUUAACCUAUAUGCAGUUUAUUAAUGGAAUGACACUUAAAACAAAAUAAUGAAAAGAGGAAAAGACCAAAAAUCUGCACUUUGAGUGACUUAAAUCAAUAUGAGCUAUUUUAUAGCAUAGUAAAGUAGCAAAGUAAGACCACUUAAUGACCCUCACCACCUGUUAGUAUUACAGGACUGUUUACAUUUCUCAUUAAUGCAAUGUCACUGAAUCCAAAGCCUGGUCAUAGUCCUGUGUCACUUUUGGACCUGGACCAGUAUCCAUCAGACAACUGCUUUCAAGUAUCAUGUCUGUUUAUAAACCCCGCUGGUGGCCACUGAUCAUGGAGUAGAAACUAAACUAUCAUUUAGACAGGCGAUGACUUCCGGAUAUGUUUACUGCGAUUACAAGCUGGCAACUUGAGCGGCUUAGGCCGUUGAUUACUGUUAAUCCAAUACGUGCGAGUAUCAAGUUGGUAGUAACAGGCUGUCAUCAUGCAUUAGCAUUUGUUCAUCUAGUGGAAAUAAAACGGUCAAAAAUAGUCACAAAAAGACCUUCAGUUUGCAAAGAAGAAGGAGCAGAAGAAAGGUUUAGGGGUAGUUCAGUUGUUGCAGCAUUCUUGGCCUGUUAGUUUGACCAUAUUAGUCUACAGAUGACACCAAAGUCAGUCGUGUGUGUUGGCAUUGAAUUCACCUCAUUCCAAGACUCCAGGGGCCUAUUUUGGAGCAUCGGUAAGCUGAUCUGCCCCGCCACCUUCUUCUCACUCCUCCCUCUUUCUCUUACUUUCCCCUCAGCUCUGUUUUCCUGCCAAACCUGAUGGUGUGGCUAAAGUUAGCCCCCCAUGGGCUAGUAUAUAAGGCCCCAUGGGUGCGAUGCAUACAUGUCAGUCACAUCGGCUUUGGCGUAGGCUUCUCUUCUUGACCAACAACAACCCCAAAACUUGAGAGAUGGCACCCAAGAAGGCCAAGAGGAGGCAGCAGCAGGGUGAGGGUGGAUCCUCCAAUGUGUUCUCCAUGUUUGAGCAGAGCCAGAUCCAGGAGUACAAGGAGGCUUUCACAAUCAUCGACCAGAACAGAGAUGGCAUCAUCAGCAAGGACGACCUGAGGGAUGUGCUGGCCACUAUGGGCCAACUGAACGUGAAGAAUGAGGAGCUGGAGGCCAUGGUGAAGGAGGCCAGCGGCCCCAUCAACUUCACCGUCUUCCUGACCAUGUUCGGCGAGAAGCUGAAGGGUGCUGACCCCGAGGACGUUAUCGUGAGCGCUUUCAAGGUCCUGGACCCCGAGGGCACUGGUGCAAUCAAGAAGGAAUUCCUUGAGGAGCUCCUGACCACCCAGUGCGACAGGUUCACCGCUGAGGAGAUGACCAACCUGUGGGCUGCUUUCCCCCCUGAUGUGGCUGGCAAUGUGGACUACAAGAACAUCUGCUACGUCAUCACACACGGAGAGGAAAAGGAGGAGUAAAUCCCCCUCUCUCAAACUCUCUACCUCCGUUCAAACCCACGCUCGCCCUCACCAUCACCAUCUACUUUCUCCCUCAUUUCAAACGCCGCAACUCUUGCACACGUUCGCCCCCUGUGCCCUCUCUUUCGCUACAAAAAGACUUGUCUCCUUUAUCGAGAUCCUCAGUGAGAGGACUGAAGGCUGUGGGGGGUGUUUGUGUGUGAGCUGUACCAACAGGGGAAACAUGGGAUUAUUUCAAUAAAAAUAAUCUUGUGCUACUGAAACGCUCUCUCCAUCUCUGUCCCUGCCUCUUCUUCCUCUUCCUUUUCCCCCGUCAAUCACUCCGUCCUUCUGUGUCGAGGCUAACGGUGCGCGUGUCAUACCUACAUACGACGUGUCAGUCAGUCAAUUUCUUGGGUGCUAUGGUGCAUGCACAGGCGCUUACUUGAAACAAGUAUGCAGUCUGACCCUAGAGGUCUGUUUGCCUCAGCCUGACGGGGUGUUUAAUGGAUUUGUGCCUUUGUUUGUGAGUGCAUAGCAAAAGAUAAGGAGUAUUGUACUAUAAUAGUUUCCUCCUUCUCUUUUGAAUCCCUCUCUCUCUUCUACAUGGGUACAAAAGGAAAAAGUUGCAGUGAAAAUAGGAAAGAUUUUUCUUUAUGGUUUAAUCUUGUAAAUAGAGAAAGAGAUGUUGAGAGAUGGUGAGCGGGAGGCAGAGAUGAAAUAAACAAAAGUGAAAUAUC